AAAGAGAUAAAAGUAUUUAGAAGUUUCAUUCGUACACGCAUUUCGAAAUUUAUAUUUGAACGCGCGUUGGCCGAAAAUAGUAUCACUUGCACCGUCUACCGAUCAAACGAGAAACUACCGAAAAAUACAAAUUACAUUUUUUCGUAAAAUGAGGCAUUUUUAUUAUUUAAUCACGUUUGUAAAUUGUUCUACGGGAACAAUAAAGUAAGAGAAUUGACUUCACGGUGGGCUCGAAUCUUUAUAUUCGAAAAUUUUUUAAUUGUAAUUUACGGAUUUAAAAAUGCUUUGGCUUCUAGCGGUGGAAGGUAGGAACUAAUCAAAUGAGUAGGGACAUUACAUAUGUGAUGGUGUUGUAGGGACCAGGGUCGAACCAGGUCCUCCUGGCUGCCAUUUUCCCUAGGGAAGCCAAAUUUGCUCUUGAGUGUACAAGCUGUAUUUAGCAUAUAAUGUAUCAAUAAAUGAUAUUAUUUUCUAGCAAUUUUUAAGUGUAGUUUCAUAAAUUUAAUGAAAAAGAUUUUCAUGUAAAACUGAUUGUACAUCUUCGUAAUCUCCUAGGUUUAACGUGUAUAUUGAUAUUUUUAUGUUUUGUUGAUGUAUCGUUACUCACGACAAAUUUCACAAACUUAGGCAGUUGAUUGUAAAUAGUAGUAAAGGGUAUGCUUUUCCAUGAUAAAUAUACAUCAAGGAAGAUCUCACAUAUCAUCAAAAAUGCAAAAAGAAGUAGAUGACAUAGUUACAAAGUCUUUGCAAAAAGCUUAUGACCAUGAUCGUACUGGAAAUGUGGGGAAGGCAUAUGCAUAUUAUACAGUUGUAGCAGAAUUGUGCCCUGCAAAGAGAUCAGAAAUUGAAGAAGCAUUUGUUGACGUACUUUGUCAAUGGGGAAUUCAACUUGCGUAUGAAAACAGAUUUGAAGAUGUUAUUUUAUGUUAUAAACGUUCCUUGGAUAUUUUUCCAAAAAAUGCCCGUAUGUUACAUAAUUUUGCAGCUCAUCUUUUGAGGAAUAAUGAUCCGAUAAAGGCAAUAGAAUAUUUCAAGAGAGCUUUGGAAACCAAUCCUAACUUUCUGCCAGCAGAAAGAAAUUUACAAAAUGCACUCAGCAUGGCAGUAGAUAGGUGGCAUUUUCCCAUGUUGAAUGACAAACGAAGAAAUAAUGCAUUUGAACGUGCAAUUCGAAAGAAAAUUUCUCAAGGAUAUGAUACUGUAUUAGAUGUAGGAACUGGUACAGGUUUAUUAAGUUUAUAUGCCCAUGAUGCAGGUGCAAAGAAAAUUUACGCGUGUGACUGUUCUCCAGUAAUGUUAAAAAUUGCUGAAAAGGUGUUUGAAACUAAUGAUGCUAAAGAUAUAGUAUUAGUAUCUAAACUUUCUUCAAAUCUUACAAUUCCCACUGAUAUCUCAGAAAGGGUAAAAUUAGUAGUAACAGAAACUUUUGAUGCUGGUUUAUUUGGAGAACAUGUAAUACCAUCCAUGAUAAGUGUACAUACAAAUAUUUUGGAUAAAAAUGGUAUAGUGAUACCUACAAGUGCUACACUUUAUGUAGCUGCUGUAGAAUGUGAAUACAUAAGACAUAGAUCUAUUGUAAUAUUUGAUAAGCUGAGAGAAUCAUGUUCUUUAAAUUUUGAUAAUAUAUUUGUAUUAAUAGACGAGGAAUACUAUGACACAGAAAAUUUAAAAAAUAUUAAACUUAAGUACAUAACAGAACCUGCAGCCCUUUUUACGAUAAAUUUUAAUGAUUUAUCAGAUUUACAAAAGUUUAAUAGUGAUGGAGUGAAAAGCAUAAUAAAUGUAAAAUGUAUGUGUGAUGGUAGUAUUGAUGGUUUGAUUACUUGGUUUAAAUUACAUCUUGAUGAAGAUAUAACAAUAGAUACUUCAGAAAGAAAUUCUUGUUGGCAGCUUGCUAUUUUUUCGGCUAUACCAAAAUUGUUAACCAAAGGUGACGCGAUAAUGAUUAAGGGAGAAAUAUUGAAAGGAAAAUUAAAAUGUUCGUAUAUGUCACAAAAUCUUGAACUUGAUGAUUGCAACAAUUACGCGUUCUUUUAUCGUUUACCAAAAGAAAUUAUAACAUUUUUAAACGAUUUUGAAUAUAUUAAAUUACUUACCGAAGUUAGUAGAUCACUACUGAACAAAGAAAUACACACUAUUUUGGAUACUUCUCCUUUUCCAAUAUACGGAUUAAUGUUACUAAAAGAAAAUAGGCAUAGUAAAAUUUUAUACUAUAAAACUGAAAACACGGUACUUCGUCGUUUUAUUGAACGAACUGCUGAACAAAUUGGUGUUAAAGACAAAUUAUGUAUUAUAUCAAAAUACAACCACAUUACAGUUUCUUUAGACACUAUAUUUGUUCAUAACUUUGAUAUUAAAGGAGAAAUGAAGAAUUAUGGAGAAGAACACAAUCAGGAAUUUUUUCGAUGCUUGCUUAAACCAAAUGGUAUUUUGUUACCUGAACAAAUAUUUCUUAUGGGACAGCUUGUGUUUUCAAAGGACUUACCAAAUAUGGUAUAUGUCAAAGACGAAAAUUUAGAAGGAAUGUCAAAACUUGUAUUUGAUUCGAAUUCUGAAACGAAAUUUAAUAGUACUUAUGAUAGUACAUGCUGCUACGGAAUUGCACAGUACAUUAAUGAAUUUAAGAUAAAUCAAAUUUUUGAUUUGAAUUCAAGUUUGUAUCUGUACGAACCUUUAUCCGACGUAAAUGUAAUGAUAGAAAUGAGAGAAAAUGAAAUUGCAGAACGUGUAAUAAAUUUUGGGAAAAUAAGUGCUUCUAAUAAUAAAUUAUUACCAAAUGCCUUGGUUUGUUGGUACAAAAUUAGAUUAACAUUGAAUCAUAGUUACAAUACGAAAAGGAAUGGAUCAUUUAUGAAUCAUACAGCAAUAUUGUUAGAAGAUGAAUUAAAAAAUACUAUUUUACAAGGUAAUGAAGUAUGUAUAAAAGUUCACCAAGCUGAAGGUAUGAUACAAAUAAAAGUUAAAUAACUUCAAAGGUGUUUGGUAUUUUAUAUAAUUGUCAUCCAUUUAAAUUGUACAUUUGUUACAUACAUUUU